CAUGUUUUAUGACUAACAUUACUUCUUAUUUUUCCGGUCACAAAACUUUUAUUAAUCAUAUAUCUGCCCCCAGUGAUGUGUGGUUCUCCUGGUUUGCCUGUCGCUACUCUGUUGGCAUCCAACCUAACUUGGGUUGCAAGUGAUCUGCUGUCCUCUGAUGUCUGCGAACCUGACCCCACUCUGCUUAAAUGUGAGGCAAAUGAAACGCUUGCUGUUCUUCUGACUGACAGCUGCUCUCCAGAGCCUCCUACAACCAAGCAAAGCACAACUCAGCCUUCCACCACGACCAACAUCAACAUUACUCCAGUUUCUGAAGCCUUACCACCAUCUGUCACCAAUGAGAUCCAACAAACUAACAUGACAACUGUAAAUACUGCAGCAGUUCAACAGAACAAUGCAUCACAAGGAACAGCUCAGCCUAACAUGGCAACCUCACUUACAACAAUGAACACCACACAGUCUUCAACAGCACAACCUGUCCUCCAAACAACUUUACAAAACAUCUCUGACAGUAAAACAGGCAGUACAACAGUGCAUUACACUGAAUCCAAUAACAAAACAUUGUUGACACCCACUGGAAAUAGAGAACUUCAAAACACGACAGCACCACAAAACACAACAGAAUUCAUAACGUUAUCUUCUGUCAACCCAACACAACCCAACACCACAAUGUCUGCCAACCAGCCAAUAUUACGAAACACAACAACUGUUCUGACUGAUUCAACACUCAACACAACACUGUCUCCAAAUCAUACACCACUGUUUAUUGAAACUGCAGCAGAAGCUUUUACACCUCCUACUGACACAACCGCGUUCAGCGAAACUACAACCGACACAGUUACACCUUCUUCAAAUUAUACGACAAUGGACAAUGUUACUACAACUGAAGCACUUACACCUUUUUCUAAUCACACAAUAGUGUAUAAUAUAACUACAGCCAACGCAGUAACACCGUCUCUAAAUUAUACAACUGUGUACAAUGUGUCUAGAACUGAAGCACUCACAUCUUCUCCUAAUCACACAAUAGUGUAUAACAUAACUGCAGCCAAUGCAUUUCCACCUUCUCCCAAUCACUCAACAGAGUACAAUGGAACUACAGCUGUCAACAUUUCUACAACAAUCUUCAGUAAUUACACAACAGAGUACAAUGUAACAGUGUACGAUGCAUUUCCACCCUCCCCCAAUCACACAACAGGGUACAGUGUAACUGCAGCUGCCAACAAUUACACAACUGAGUACAAUGUAACUACAGCCACCAAUAAUUACACAACUGAAUACAAUAUAACUGCAACCACCAACAAUUAUACAACUGAGUACAGUGUAACUACAGUCAUCAGCAAUUACACAACAGAAUACAAUGUGACUACAGCCCCCACUAGAGUUGCCAGCAAUUACACAACAGCCUCCAACAGUUACUCAACAGAGUACAAUGUAACUGCAGCUCAUGCGUUUACACCUUCUCCCAAUAACACAACAGAGUACAAUGUGACAACAGCCACUAACAAUUACACAACUGAGUACAAUGUAACUACAGCCACCAAUAAUUACACAACUGAGUACAAUGUAACUACAACCACCAACAAUUACACAACUGAGUACAGUGUAACUACAGUUGCCAGCAAUUACACAACAGCCUCCAACAGUUACCCAACAGAGUACAAUGUAACUGCAGCCAAUGCAUUUACACCUUCUCCCAAUAACACAACAGAGUACAAUGUAACUACAGCCUCUGACAAUUACACAACAGAGGACAAUGUAACUACAGCUGUCAACAUUUCUACAACAAUCUUCAGUAAUUACACAACAGUGUACAAUGUAACAGUGUACGAUGCAUUUCCACCCUCCCCCAAUCACACAACAGCUGCCAACAAUUACACAACUGAGUACAAUGUAACUACAGCCACCAAUAAUUACACAACUGAAUACAAUAUAACUGCAACCACCAACAAUUAUACAACUGAGUACAAUGUAACUACAGUCAUCAGCAAUUACACAACAGAAUACAAUGUGACUACAGCCCCCACUAGAGUUGCCAGCAAUUACACAACAGCCUCCAACAGUUACCCAACAGAGUACAAUGUAACUGCAGCUCAUGCGUUUACACCUUCUCCCAAUAACACAACAGAGUACAAUGUGACAACAGCCUCUGACAAUUACACAACAGAGUACAAUGUGACAACAGCCUCUGACAAUUACACAACCAAAUAUAAUGUAAGUACAGCCACUAACAAUUACACAACUGAGUACAAUGUAACUACAGCCACCAAUAAUUACACAACUGAGUACAAUGUAACUACAGCCACCAAUAAUUACACAACUGAGUACAAUGUAACUACAGCCACCAAUAAUUACACAACUGAAUACAAUAUAACUGCAACCACCAACAAUUACACAACUGAGUACAGUGUAACUACAGUCAUCAGCAAUUACACAACAGAAUACAAUGUGACUACAGCCCCCACUAGAGUUGCCAGCAAUUACACAACAGCCUCCAACAGUUACUCAACAGAGUACAAUGUAACUGCAGCUCAUGCGUUUACACCUUCUCCCAAUCACACAACAGAGUACAAUGUAACUACAGCUGUCAACAAUUAUACAACAGUCUUCACUAAUUACACAACAGAAUACAAUGUAACUGCUGCUCAUGUGUUUACACCUUCUCCCAAUCACACAACAGAGUACAAUGUAACUACAGCUGUCAACAAUUACACAACAGCCUCCAAUAGUUACCCAACAGAGUACAAUGUAACUGUAGCUCAUGUGUUUACACCUUCUCCCAAUCACACAACAGAGUACAAUGUAACUACAGCCUCUGACAAUUACACAACUGAGUACAGUAUAACUACAGUCAUAAGCAAUUACACAACUGUUUCUAACAACUACACAACAGACUAUAGUGUAACUACAGCCACUAACAAUUACACAACAGAGUACAAUGUAACCACAACCACCAGCAAUUACACAACAGCCUUUAACAAUUACACUGUAGGGCACAGUGUAACUACAGCUGAAAAUGUAGACAAUGGCACAGUUACAACAAGUAAUGCAACAAUGAGCACAUUUACAUCUUCUCCUAAUUAUACAACAAACUCUCUAACUACCGUCUCUAACAACUACACAACAGCAGAGAAUGUAACAACUACAACUGUGUCUUCAAACAACACAGCCACUGCAAUGAUCAGGGAAACACAACAGAACACAACUGCUCCUUACAAAAACACAACAAUGUCUACCACUGCUAUGCAAGUUAAUGAAACAAUAAACAAUGCAACAAUAUCCACAAAUACCUCAAAUGUGGACAACAGGACUUCUGUUGUCGACAACACCACUAAACCUACCGCAGCUCCACUGAACAACCAGACUAUGAAUCACACCACAGCAAAUGCAACGCAAAGCAUCACAACAUCCAACAACACCAGCUCUACCACACCUGCCAACGUAACUGAUCCCAUCAUUAAUCAAAAUGUAACUGCAGGAAUCAGCUCCAACCUGAGCUCAACUGCAAACAGUUUAAUCACUGAUGUCAACCCAACAACAAAGGAACAAGGAGUCAAUCUAACAACUACUGCAGCUAAUGCUUCCCUGGAGCAUAUAGCCACAACCACCACUACUGCUGCUGCCACUACUACUACACUUGGCCCAAUUAAACCACAGGUUAAUACCACUACUGCUGCAGUGUCCUCAGCUUCCACAACAAUUCUCCCAACCACUACCCUCACCAGCACAACCACAACCACAAUAGUGCCUGGUACAGAAACUACUUCUGCAACUACCACAGAGACAACAAAAAGCCAGGUGACACAGGAAGAGCAAGCAAAUGAUCUACUGGUUCAAACACAGGAUGUGUCUCAGCUCAACUCCUCUCAGGUGGCACAGAUGGUGGGGCAGUUAGAGAAGCUUCUGGAUGGCCCCACUGUCUCUCAGGAAGUGGGACAAAAAGCCAUAAACAUUAUCAGCAACCUGAUGCAGGGUGACUCAGCAGCCCUCUCUGCCUCUGCGAAAAGGCUAAUUCAAUUGGUAGACAAUCUGGGUGUUAAACUGGUUGUAAGUGGUGACAGAGGGAUCCUGUCUUCAAAUUCACUGGUUCUGGCAGUCAGGACAGUGGAUGCGACCAACUUUCCAACAACAUCUGUCGACAUCUUCAACACUGAUAAUGUCCAGCUCCGUGCCCUCAGCAGGUCCCGGUCCAAGAGAUCAGGUUCUGCUCUGGGGUCUGUAUUCUUGCCCUCCAGCCUCACGGUGGGUCUUAGUCCCGAGGAGCAACAACAGGCCAGCAGGGUCCAGUUCACUUUCUACACCAAAAAUGUCUUUUUUCAGGAUGUGGCAUUAGAUAACAACACCCUUGUCAGUCCAGUCCUGGGCUCCAGUGUUGCCAACCUCUCAAUAAGCAACUUGACUGAGAACAUUCAGUUUACAAUCAGAAACAUCAACCCCAUAGACGCCGAAUCUGUGGUCUGUUCAUUUUGGGACUUCACCCUGAAUGGUGGAGGAGGAGGCUGGAGCUCUGCCGGCUGCUUUGUUGUCAAUGCCACACCAGAAGAAACCAUCUGCAGCUGCAAUCAUCUCACUUCAUUUGCAAUACUGCUGGAUUUGUCCAGAGAAGGAAUAACUGACCGUCAGCAUGCACAAAUUCUUACUUUCAUCACCUACAUCGGCUGUGGAAUCUCCACUAUUUUUCUUGCCGUCACCUUACUGACGUACCUUUCAUUUGAAAAACUACUGCGAGAUAUUCCUGCCAAGAUCCUGGUCCAGCUCUGCAUGUCCCUCCUCUUCCUCAACCUGGUCUUCUUACUAGACGGCUGGCUGGCCCUCUACCCGGCGAUCGGGCUGUGCAUUAGCACCGCCUUCUUCCUGCACUACUUCCUGCUGACGUCGUUCACCUGGGCUGGACUGGAGGCUCUGCACAUGUACCUGAGCAUCGUCCAGGUGUUCACUCCUUACCUGAGCAGAUACAUGCUCAAGUUCUCACUGAUGGGCUGGGGUAUUCCUCUCAUCAUUGUGAUCAUUAUAAUAUCAGUUGACAAAGACAACUAUGGUCUAGUUACAUAUGGAAGAUACACAGAUGGCACUUCAGAUGACUUCUGUUGGCUCCGUAAUGACAUCGCCUUCUACGUGGGCGUGGUGGCCUACUUCCUCCUGAUCUUUUCUUUGUGCCUGCUGGUGUUCAUUGUGGUUAUGGUCCAGCUGGCCCGGAUCAAGAAGCAGAACCCUCAGAACCAGUCUCCUAACAGAGGGGUGAUGACCGACCUCCGUAGUAUCGCUGGUCUCAUCAUCCUGCUUGGCCUCACAUGGGGGUUCGCUCUGUUCGCCUGGGGACCCCUCUACUUACCCUUUGUUUACCUUUUCUCUAUACUCAACUCUCUGCAAGGUUUCUUUGUCUUUGUUUUCCACUGUGCUGUAAAGGAGAAUGUCCGCAGGCAGUGGAGGACUUAUCUCUGCUGCGGGAGACUGAGACUUGCUGAAAACUCAGAAUGGAGUCGGACAGCCACUCAAAACAACAGGAAUCUGUCGGUCACCACGGCAAUGACCUCAGCUCCCCACUUCACCUCUCGGAGCUCCUCUGUCAUCAGUGAUGUCACCAAUAGCAGUGGCUCUGUGUUUGCAGACAGCGGAAUAUCCGACGGCUCCAACAGCGACGUUGUCCUCAACGAGCUCCACAGACGAAAUCUGUCACUGCAAGGCGAGGCCUGACAACUGUGUCGAGUGUUUAUUUCUGAUGACAGUAAUUAUCUACUCCGAGAGAGACAGAGAUUAGGGAUCUCACUGCAGAUCGAGUAAACAAAGCGGUGAUUGCAGGAGUGGGUCCUCACAGGGUUCAAAGAAAUCCUCAGUGUUACACAAGAUGAAGGUUUUAAAGGUGUAAUGAAGGACAGAUGACAUCCAAGGAGAGGUCAGACUGAAGUUCCUGAAAUGAAAAGUGUUACUUGACACCAUUUCUACUUUGACAGUAGAUUAUGUGAAUGCAGAAAGUCUUGUUAGCAGCAGAAUGUGUACAGUAGGUGUAUUUCUGACUGAAAAUUAGAAUUAUUUCACAGUUAGAGCUGUGACUCAUUGUUUCUGCAGACUGUAUAGCUUAUUUCAAAGCAAUUAGAAUUAUUACUGUAAACAUUAAAUGAUACUAACAUUAUUUUCAGUCUGCAGGAAAGGUCACAACAUAUUAAAGACUCAAAAUAGCAUUUAAUUAGUAUCCCAGAACAGGCUUUAACAUUAUAUAGAUUAUUGUGAGGCUAUUUUUGCUAUUUUUGAUAGAUUUUUUCUUCUUAUGAACAUAAAUGGAAAAAAAGAUAUUUCCAGUGUUUUUACAAAACUCCAUAUAGUUUGCCUCUAUAUUUUAAAGAAGAGCCAAUUUCCUGAGUUUAUGCCCCCUGAAUAAGGGGUGUCAACAGGCACUAUGGGAAGAGUUCUCUACCUUUAAAGUUGCUGUGUGUAGGUUCUGCUAUUGUUGCAUAGCCAAUAUUAGCAUUAACAGCUGUUUACCUGCCAGUUUAGAAGAAACUAUGCAACUUCAUUCCUUUACUCACCAAGAUAGUGAGUCACUGUAGCAUCUAGUCUGCCCUCAAUCCAACAUGAGAGGAUGAAGAAGUAGUGCAGCCCACAGGGCAUAUUCUAACCUCUUGUAAAUGCAACAAUGCCUGAAGUUUUUGUUAACUAAACAGAUGUCAAUGCUAAGUUUGGGUAUGUAGCAAUAGGAAAAAUUUACAUAUAUUAAUAGAGGCAAGUUGGAUUGAAGGAAAAUGUACAUGUGCCAAAAUUCAUGAAGUGAUCACAACUUGAGCUCAUCUAUUUUUAGAAGAGUAUUUGAGGAUGUAUUCCUCCCUUAAUUUGAAAUACUGCAUGGUUUUCUUAUAGUACAGUGUUGAUAUUAGACUCGUGACAUGUUAAGUUGUUCAUAUACUAUAUAUUAGAUAUUUUUUUAAGUUACAAAAAGACAUGAAGUAUGGUAAUUCAGCAUACUUGGCCAUGAAGAGUGAGGAUUUAUUUCCUGUCCUUUGAAAUAAGGACAGAUUUUACUGAAUGUCCUUGCAGAAGAACAUAAACUUUCAACUUAU